AUGUCUGACACUGAGGAGAUUGUGGAGUAUGAGGAAGAAGAGGAGGAAGAAGUGGUUGAGGAAGAGGAGAACAUAGAGGAGGACCCUCAAGUGGAAGCAGAAGACGAGGAACAAACACAAGAGGCAGGAGAGCGAGACCAAGAGGACUACAAACCCAAGCUAAAGAUGUACAUGCCAAACUUGGUUCCACCCAAGAUGCCUGAUGGUGAGAAGGUGGAUUUUGAUGACCUCCAUCGCAAGCGUGUAGAGAAGGAUUACAAUGAGCUGCAGAGCCUCAUCGAGAUGCAUUUCAGCACCAGGCAGAAGGAGGAGGAGGAUUUGGUUGCCCUGAAGCAGCGUAUCGAGCGGCGGCGUGCGGACAGGGCCGAGCAGCAGCGCGUCCGGACAGAGCAGGAGAGAGAGCGGCAGGUCCGACAGGCUGAGGAGAGGGCACGGCGUGAGGAGGAGGCAGCCAAGUUACGCGCUGAGGAGGAUGCCAAGAAGAAGAAGCUCCUCAACAACAAGUCUUACGGUGGCUACCUCCAGAAGGUGGACCAGAAGAAGGGUAAAAAGCUGACGGAGCGGGAAAAGAAGACGAAGGCCCUCAUGGAGCGGCGCAAGCCGCUCAACAUCGACCACCUCAACCAGGAGAAGCUGGCAGAAAAAGCCCGGGACCUCUGGCAGUGGCUAUGGCAGCUUCACAGUGAGAAGUUCGACCUGACUGAGAAACUCAAGAUGCAGAAGUACGAGGUGAACGUGUUGCGCAACCGCGUCAGUGAUCACCAGAGGUUCUCCAAGACAACCAAGACCUCCAGGAAGUCCCGGAAGUAAAUGUUAGGAUAACAAGUGGGAGGAUAUUCCAUAUGUGGAAUGUGGUGGCAUUUGAAGAAGCUCAGCCUGUCUUCAAUUUUCACUGAAUUAGUUAGGGAAGAACAGUACUGUCCAAUUCAGUGUUCUUGUUAUAGCUGAUAGUUUGCCUCAAUUUCCACAGUCUUCCUGUUUUAAUUUGUAUCAUAUGUAAAAUGGAUUUUAUUGGCUGUUGUGUUUUGAUCCAUAUGUCUAGAUUAUUUUUGUGGUUAUUAAGUGGCAGUAGAUAAUUGAUUUAUGGUGACCGCAAAGUUAUCCACUAAACAUUUAAUUUACAUCUAUAGGGUGGAAUGUGAGGCA